AUGGAAGUUGAAACGAGACGUCGUCGUCUGGGCCCUCCAACUGACAAAGAAAUAGAAGAAGAAUUACGACAAUGCUGUGGCCAGAAAUCGGAAAUAAUAUUACGGGCUGUACAUACUCGAGGGAUUGCUUCUGUUUUAUCGGUGGUGGAUAGUUUGUCUUCUUGUGACGUUUCUUUUCGGCUGUCUUUUAUGAUCCUGGAAGAUUUGCGUGCUGAGGUCUUGCUUCUAGGUCAAAGAACUGUUCUAGGUUAUGCAAGCGCGUGGAUUUCACAAUUGGAAAAGGUGGAAAAUAAAAGGAAUUAUGCUGUACUGUUAAGUUUUCUCAUUCAUACGACUGACUUACUGCAAAAUGUGGAGCUUCGCUUGCUUUUGAAGAGUAAGUUGGUAGAUGUAUGUCAUCAGUUCAUUUCUCAGAAGUUGUAUGGUAUAGCUGGUGUGCUGCUGAACAUUUUAUUCCUUACCACGGUUGCUGAGGUCACUUACUUGGACGAUGUCGAUAUAGAUAACAUUGACUCUAUUUGGAAUAACUUUCUGAAUUCCAAGGCCUCUCGGAAAUUUCCAGUUGUGUUACUGCAGACAUUUCUUCUAAAAAACCGAAUGAGGAGGAACUGUGAAGGUUUGAUAGAGGCACUGUGCAAAAGCAAUAAAUUACAAAAAAUAAAUGAAGUUGUAAAUGAUGAUUUCCUCUGUCCACGAAGCCAGUUUUUUUCUAUUUUGACCGAUCACUUGUUUGUAAUCAUUCCGAAGUGUUCACUACCCAAUGCGACCGCCUUACUUGAUGCACUUGUGGCCUUUAACUUUGAGCGCAACAAGCUCCAUGAGCUUUUGGGUUCGGUCUUGAGGGAGCAAAGAAUGUUCAAUAAUGAUGGAAAAAAUCUGAUAUUGCUUUUUUUCCGUGUAUUGAUAUCGUCGUUACCCCAAAAUCUUAUAGCCUGUGCAGGUGAAAAGGCCGCUGCAGUAAAAGCUGCUUUUGAUGAGAGUACAGCUGAAUUGCUAUCCCUUAUUGUGCCAGGGUGGAAUGGUGAGGAAGUCACGUAUGAAACGUCUCAUUUCCAAAAUUGUUGGAGGAAGUGCGUAAAGAAGUAUAUUAAAGUUGUUCUACAAGAAAACAGUGCAUCUGGACAUUAUACUGUUAACAAAGGAGCUUGUGAAUUUUUGUUUGCUUGUAAUUAUGGAUUUAAGGCACUGCCGCUUCCUCUCCGCUCGAUUCUGCUUGGUAUAAAUCUAAUGAUAUUCAGACUUUGUAGUGUGGAAGAUGCCCGUAAAGCCCUUCAUUCUGUCCUUGAAAUCUUCGAGUCUGACAUCUCGUACCUGCGCUCUCUGGUUGGAUGCUUGGGUGUAGAAAAACUUUUUCUGUUUUUAAAGCCAGCAUUCGACUUUGGUGAUACGAGGUUACGUGUAGCAGAAUUUUGGAAACAUUGUCUACUAUCAUUUGAUAGUUUUCCAACUUUCCUUAAGGGCUGUACUUAUUUUGCGGAAGCCGAACGAGGUUCAGAGAUUGAAAUACUUCUUUUUUCCAUUGCAGUCAGCGCUGUCCGCGAAUCCGUUUUUGUUUCAGUCGAAAAUUCGGAAGAGGCUAAAACUUUAAGGAAGCUGCUGUUGGAUUGUCCAAUUUUAAGUUCUUUUUACGAGCAACUUAGUGCAGAUAUUGUAAAUGAAGCUCAUGGAAUAAGAUUUUUGGCUUGUAUGCUGAAGUCAUUACACUAUUUGGAGCAGAUCAAUAGGCGUGCAGGGUUUCAAGAAGCUGUUGUUUUCAACAGACCUUUGAUAUUAAACGUUUGCCUGACAGUUUGCAAGCAUUACCAGAAAUACUUUGUUUUCGAGGACAAAAAUAAAGCCUCAUCUGUCUCAAUUCUAAAUGUUAUCUUGGAGUAUUUGAUACACGAGAAUAGUUAUUCAAAGCUCUUGAAAUGGAAGUACCUUGCGGAACUCGUGCAGUGCAGUGUUGGACUUGUUGAGAAGAUUAUUGUUUCUUGUACCUUAGAAGAGUUGCAACAUCUUAUAACGAAAAGACCAAAAAACGUUCCGCAAAUUCAUGUCAUCCGCUGUUGUCUUGUUAUCGGAGGGUUGAAAAACAACAAGAAACGGCAGUUACUUUCGCUGAUGACUGAUUAUUUGAUCGAUGCUAUAUGUUCUGCAUCGGAAAAGGACGCAGAAACUGGCUUACUAUUGGCCGGUCAUCUUGUUGAAUUACAUUCUGGUGAUGAGAAGGAGCGACAAGUUGUUUCAUUUGUCUUUAGUCUGAUAUCUGUGUCGUUUCCAUUUUUGUAUGAAUCAGGGGCUGGUAGUGAAGCAGACGCGCACAGUCUUUUGAAAAUAGAAAAAAUUUUGCUGAAUUGCCUACGUCUUUGCCCAAAUGCAGUAUUAUAUGAUCAGUGCGCGAUAUACAUCCAGCUGGUUGCCUCCGUAUCUCAUAAGGUGCAAUAUUAUGGCGAACAUAAAAGUCUCGAUUCCUUGUUGCAAGAACGACUGGCUCAUGGAUUAGCAAAACUGGCAGAAGCUAUUUGUGAGCGAAAGGCGUUUUUGAGGGUUGGCUUGUUAAAAUUUUUUACUUUUUUAUAG